GCUGAGCUGCACACGCGCUUGCUUACGUGCACGUAUGCCCAUCGGGUGUGGGUUGAUUUGGAUUUCGCGUGUUCUUUUUUUGAUUUUGAGCUCGAGGUUGGUUGUAGGAGGAGUCGAGACAUGAUUUGUGGAUUUCUAUCUAUUCACGGCCUUGCAUUUGUCUAUUUAGAUUGCCUUUUCUCCUUGGUUUUGAGCUUCCAGUUGGCGUCGAAUCAACUUAUCGCGGGAAUCAAGUUAUUAUGUGUGCCUUGAUUGUCUUGUUUUGUGAGUUUUUUUGGACGAGUUGUGGUUAGAGAUUUCACGCCUGUUUAGAUUGGAGCUACGAAGUUGUGAAUCGGAAAAGUAAAUGGGGGCAGUAUUGUGAUUUGUCAACACCAAAGGCAGGGGCUUUCUCCUUUCUUAGGUCCUGAUUUGUCGCUGAGAAGAUUGAUCUAGAUUUGUAAAUUUUAGUUGUGCAUAGCUGUUAUACUUAUGGCUUGUGAUACGCUGACUGCUUUAAGAGCAGUGAUAUAAAGGGAUCUUGUAGACUGUUUAUGAAGUUUUUUUUCUUUUGGUCGAAAUUUAUGAAGAAGUUGAAUCUGCUAAGAUGGACUUUGCUUUUGUUUGUUUUUGUGAUAUUUUCAAUGCACAUUGCAUGAAUUUUCGUUUCUUUAUUUCGUGCUUUUAAACCAAGAAAAAGAAAUUCAACCACUUAUAGUUCUCUAAUCUCCGUGAUCAGUGAAAAUGAAAGUGAUUACUGCAUCAAGCUGCUGACCAGUAAGCACUCCAAAGAAGGAAGACACGGUAGACACAGUUUGGGUGCUCAUGGUUUGGGCUUUUCUUUAUGUGGGUGACAGAGUGUUUAUUCAUGCCCAGCAGACUUGUAGGAAAGGGACUUAGACUAAGGAACUUAGCGGUGAUUUUUAGUAUCCAAAGCUUUGUACCUUUUUCUUAGCAUUUGGUUUUCUAAGUAUGUUCCAGGAAACACCUCAGUUUCCCCCAUGUGCGUACUUCUGGUAGUUUCUGCUUAAAGUUAGGACCACAUACUGGAAGUGUCCCUCUAUUCUUACUGUUAAGAGAAGUACUAAAACCGGUAUUCUAAGCUUUUAGAGCUAUCGGUAGUGCUACAUGGUAUAAGCACAGGAGGAUCCGAGUUCAAAUGUUUCUGGCUUCUAUUUAUCUCCCUUAUUUAUAAUUCAACACUUUAGGCUUAGGCCAAAGUCUAGCCUUUGCAUUAAGAUGAAUGCUAGAAAGUUUAACUAUUAAAUUACUCCAGGUUGUGGUCUCACAAAAUUUGACACUUACAUAGUAGCCUUUUUUUUUUGUUUUGUCCAAGGUGAUUGAUUAUUAUUCAGAUAUGAGCUAUUUAUAACUCUUGUUUCUGUUUGUGUAAAGCUCUUCACGGUCAAAUUAUUGGUCAUGACUCAUGUCAGGUGGUGGUGCCUAUGGAUUGUCACGUUAAUGAAUCAAAAUAGUGUAGAUUCUCUUACAAAACUCGUGGAUUAGUUCUAGUACUUGUGAGUCACCUAAAUGGCCUCUUAGAAAGUGGUAGCUUUUACUGUUUACACGCCUGAUUUUUCUUGAAACGAACACUUGUUGGUUGAUCUUUGAUCCCCUUCCCAUUGUUGUUUUGGUAACUGUUAUUUGUUUGAUCUUUGAUCCCAUCACUGUUUUAAUAACCGUUAUUCCAAUGAGACUUUGAUGCUUUCUAACUUUAGUUGCUUUUUCACCCAACUCAAAUGCAGAAAAGAAGAUGGGGAAGCUGCUGGAGCCUAUACUGGUGCUUUGGACAUCAUAAGAGCAACAAACGAAUUGGCCAUGCCGUCCUUCUCCCUGAACCAGUCGCUCUGGGUAACACAGCUCCUGCAGCAGAGAACCAGGCCACAUCAACUGCUAUUGUGCUGCCGUUUAUUGCUCCUCCCUCAUCUCCUGCAUCGUUCCUCCCUUCUGAUCCUCCUUCUGUGACCCAAUCACCUACCGGAUUACUUUCCCUUACUUCUCUUUCCAUCAAUUCUUAUUCUCCUAGAGGGCCUGCAUCUAUCUUUGCCAUUGGACCUUAUGCCUAUGAGACCCAGCUAGUUUCGCCACCUGUAGUUUCCACUUUCACCACCGAACCAUCCACUGCUCCUUUUACUCCUCCUCCGGAAUCUGUGUAUUUGACAACACCUUCUUCUCCUGAAGUUCCCUUUGCUCAACUACUCACAUCUUCGCUUGAACGCACGCAGAGGGGUGGUGGGACCAACCAUAAGUUUUCACUAUCCAAUUGUGAAUUCCUUCCUAAUCAGUCAUAUCCAGGAAGCCCAGGUGGCAACCUGAGAUCACCUGGUUCAGCAGUCUCAUAUUCGGGAACCACUUCGCCAUUCCCUGGGAAACACCCCUUUAUCGAGUUAAGAAUGGGUGAAGCUCCCAAGUUAUGGGGCUUUGAAACUUUUUCCACUCGAAAGUGGGGUUCAAGAAUGGGUUCUGGGUCUAUAACACCAGAUGGUGCAGGGCUAUGGUCCAGACUUGGUUCUGGAUCUUUAACACCAGAUGGCGUGGGAAUGGGAUCGAGGCUGGGUUCUGGAUGUUUGACUCCCGAUGGCACUGGCCCUAUGUCCCGCGAAGGCUUUCUUCAUUUUGGCAAUCAAAUCAGCAUAAGGGCAUCGGUUCCAAGAUUGGAUGAUGGAUCUAAACAUGACGAGACCAUAGUAGAUCCUAGAGUGUCGUUUGAAUUAACUGGUGAAGAUGUUGCACGUUGUCUUGCAAACAAAGCUGCGACCUCUUUUGGAACUUUAUCAAAAUGUCCUGAGGAUGAAGCAGCUGAAGGCCCAGCUGAAAGAGGUGGGACCGUGGGAGUUGAUGAGGAUUCUAAUGAACGAUGUACUGAAAAAGGUACAGAUGAUAAACUUGUCAAGGGGUCAAGUCUAAUGGAGAAGGACCACAGCUAUCAAAAGCAUCGUUCCAUCACGCUUGGAUCAACCAAAGAGUUCAACUUCGACAACAGAAAUGGAGGUAUAUCUAAUAAGCCCAAUAUAAACUCGGAGUGGUGGGCGAAUGACAAGGUUGCUGGGAAGGAUACGAAGUCUGGUAGCAGUUGGUCAUUCUUCCCAAUGCUGCAGCCUGAAGUCAGCUGAGGUCUACUUUAUCCUCCUCAGCUUCAUCUAUGUACAACAGCCAGCAAUUGCACUUCUAGAAGUUAGAUCUACUAAUCGACUAACCCCAUUCAAAGCAUAAUAUCUGGAGGUCACGACCAGAUGUGAAUUAGACACAGCAUUGCUUUCUUGGGUUUGGGUGACUGCUGAAAAGAUGGUUUGCAUGUGACUUGCGAAUGCUAAGUGAGGAUUUUGGUAGGAGUGCUGGUAUCGAUAGGGCAUUCUUUCUAGUUUUUUCACCUUACGGAACAUAGCUUUUACAUGUAGCAAGUAUAGUUAGCACUAUGUGCAUUAUUCAUUAUGUCGUAUGCAAAUAAAUGGUAGAGACUAUCAAUAGAUGCAGUAAUUGUAUAUGUCUUCUUUAGCUCGACUU